AUGCGUGCUCCGAUGAAGCUUGCGCUUGUGAUGGCCGUGGCCUCGGCUACUAUUUCGUCCACGGCCGCCUUCACGUUUGAGGACUCGAAAGUAGCAGGUGAAAGCGACAGCGUCGGAGUUGUUAUGCCUGCGGACGUUUCGCUGGAGAACAAGGCCAUGACCAAGAAGAAGGGCCUUGAAACAGGUGCCGACACUCCAGCGCCGACGUUCGCUGAAGACGCCACUCAAACAGUGCAGCAGACAGAAUCAACGGACCAAACCGAACAAACGGCCAUCAAAGCCGACACCUCGUUAGAAAACACCGCCGUGACUGCCAAGAAAAAAGGCAUCAACACCGAUGCGACCCCGGCACCUACUUUCUCGGAUGACACCUCGACGGAGACUGUGCAGCAAACGGAAGUCACUCCCGCUCCGACCGAUGACACCUACACGCAAGAGACCGAACCUACGCCGGCGCCGGCAAAGACUCCUUGCCCGACACUGCCGCAAGCUACCCCGGCGGCGACUACGCCCGUCGCUGAGGAAACCCCAGCACCCCCUGCUGCUGAAGUGACGCCAGCCCCGAGCACGCCGACCGCUGAGGAACCGCCUACUCCUCCUGCUGCUGAGGUGACUCCUGCUCCGACUACGCCUACCGUGGAGGAGGUGACUCCCGCUCCAGCCACGCCCACUGCAGAGGAGCCACCAGCCCCUCCUGCUGCUGAGGUUACCCCGGCUCCGUCAACCCCAACGAGCGAGGAGGAGACGCCAUCAACCCCAACAAGCCAGGAAACGCCACCUUCUCCUGCUGCUGAGGUUACCCCGGCGCCGUCAACGCCAACGAGCGAGGAGGAGACACCAUCAACACCAACGAGCGAGGAAACUACGACGGCCAAGACACCGUGCCCGACGCUGCCUCAGGCCACCCCGGCCGCCACAGGUUUGACUGACGAACCAACAGAAACCUCGACUGACACUUCGAUGGAUGAGUCGGGCGAUGUCACGCCUGAGCCAACUACCCCGACAGGUGACGACGAGACGGAGGAGACUGAAGAAUCUAGCUCUACAGAAGAUGUUACUCCGGCACCUAGCACUCCAUCAGAUGAUGAGACCACCACCGGAAGCGCCAAAACCCCGUGCCCGAAAUUGCCGAUCGCAGGUUCAUCGUCUUCAGCAACACCCGCACCCACGUCGGUGGACGAUGAAGAUGGUUCGUCGUCGACGAAGACCGGAAAGACCCCGUGUCCUUCAUUGCCCCAGCCCAGCGACAAAAGCUCCAAGACUCCGUGCCCGUCAUUGCCGCAACCUUCGGCAAAACCCAAGGCAGGCACUCCGGACCAGUCCGUCCAACAACAACAGAGCUCCGGCAACUCCGCCGUCACGGAGCAGAGCUCCACAGCCCCCGACCGGAUCGCUCCCGCACUUGCAGUGGUCGCUGUUUCAGCCGUCUACCUACUUCUUUAGAGCUGAUCCGUUGCCAGACCAGCAACAUGUCGUCAAUGUGUGUGCGUCCGUUGUUCCGAGAUGUUAUUACUGCAGACAGAAAUGCAGUAGAGCUCGUCGAUACAGGAGGAAAAGAUCGCCCAGCGCCAUUUUUAAGCUAAUCAACCAUUUUUGUUUCGU